AUGUCUACCAUCGUCGUUGGCGGCGGUCUCGCCGGUCUCUCUGCUGCCCACACACUACUCGAACGUGGGGCUAAUGUACUUCUCCUCGACAAGCAAGGGUUCAUGGGGGGAAAUUCAACCAAGGCAACGUCUGGAAUCAACGGCGCUGGUACACAGACCCAGCAGGAGCUGAACAUUCCCGACAACGCAAAGAUCUUCUUUGAGGAUACUAAGAAAUCCGCCCGAGAACUUGCAAGAGACGAUCUCAUCCGAGUUCUUACUGGCCGCUCAGGUGAUGCCGUCAAUUGGCUCCAGGAUAAGUUUGGGUUGGACUUGUCAAAGGUCGCUCGUCUCGGUGGUCACACUCAUCCUCGUACACAUCGUGGUGGUGCUCAGUUCCCGGGAAUGGUCAUUACCUAUGCUCAGAUGGAACGUUUAGAGGAUCUUGCUGUGUCUCAACCAGAGCGUGUUAAGAUUAUCAAAAAGGCCCGAGUAACCAAGCUUAUCAAGGACGAGAAUGCUCAAGUUAUUGGUGUCGAAUACACUUUCAAUGGCAAAACGGAGACCGCCUACGGACCGGUUAUUCUUGCAACCGGUGGAUAUGCUGCUGACUUUACGUCUGACUCGCUGCUGAAAAAACAUCGACCGGAGUACUACAACCUUCCUACAACAAACGGAGAUCAUUGUACUGGUGAUGGGCACAAGAUGGCCAUGACUGCUGGCGCAAAGGGAAUUGACAUGGAGAAGGUCCAGGUUCAUCCCACCGGCUUAGUGGACCCCAACGACCCCGAAGCUAAGGUGAAGUUCUUGGCUGCAGAAGCUUUGAGAGGUGUCGGUGGACUGUUGUUGGAUAACACCGGUGCACGAUUCGUUGAUGAGCUACAACAUCGGGAUUAUGUUACCGGCAAGAUGUGGAAGAACGGCAAGUUCCCUAUUCGUCUCGUUCUCAACGGACCCGCGUCGAAAGAUAUCGAAUGGCAUUGCAAGCACUAUGUCGGCCGUGGUUUGAUGAAGCGUUUCGAUUCUGGAGAUGCUCUUGCCAAGGAAUUCGGUGUAUCUCCCUCAACCCUCAAGAAAACAUUUGAAGACUACAAUCAAGUUGUCCGCUCGAAAAAGGAUCCUUUCGGCAAGAAGUUCUUCUCUGGUGAAUGGACCUACGACGAUACUUUCCAUGUGUCUAUGAUGACUCCCGUUUUGCACUACACCAUGGGUGGUCUUGAAAUUGACGACGCUUCUCGUGUCAUUGAUACCAACGGCAAACCCAUACCUGGUCUUUUCGCUUGCGGAGAAGUUGCUGGAGGCGUCCACGGUGCCAACCGUCUCGGUGGAAGCUCUUUGCUUGGUUGUGUUGUAUUUGGACGGGUCGCCGGAGACUCUGCGGCUGCUUACACGCUUCAAGCAACCAGUGCUGCUAUAGCAAAGGCAGGUGGCCGUCUUGGUGCUAUUGCUGGGCAAGUGUCUGGUGCUCCGUCAGCGUCGUCAUCAUCAUCGAGUGCCCCAGCACCAGAGGCUAAGGGAGAACAGUCGAGCACAGGUGGAAAAGUGUAUACGAUGGACGAGGUCGCGAAACACAAGGAUAAGAAGGACGUCUGGGUCGUCGUGAAUGGCGAGGUGCUCGAUGUUACCGAGUUCCUUCCUGACCAUCCCGGAGGUGAGAAAGCGAUCAUGCUUUAUGCUGGGCGAGAUGCUACGGAAGAGUUCAACAUGCUACACGAUCCCAAGGUUAUUCCUCGAUACGCAGCAAACGCCGUGAUAGGCAAGAUCAAGCAAUAG